AUGCCAGCCAUACCCGACUACCUCUACCUGAGGGAUGAAACAACAGGAGUGACAGGGGGAGGGUCAACACCAAAGAUUGCCAAAAUCACCAACCGCCACCUCUCAUCCCUGACCCCCUACGGAUCCAUCAUCAUCACAUGCGGCGUCAUCUUCAUUGUACUACUCUCCAAUAUCCUCGAAAGAUGGGUUCUACGGAUGGUGUACAAAGACAUCUACCGAAAUCUGGAGAAGCCCGGGAAUGAGCGACGCCGCCGCUCGUUCACAUACUACCAUGUCGGCGUCAUGAUGCUCUUUUCGCUUUUCUGCACCGGCGUCUACCCCGUCCUCAUGUUCCUCGUCGGCCCUGGAGACUUCGGUACCCAUGUCGGGAGGAAAGGUGGAGGUGCAACCAUUGGAGAUUUGCUCUUCUUGUUUGCGGAGAUCUACACGGCAUACUACCUCUACGAGAUGUGCUUCCGCACGCAAUUCGCCAGCCCUCUCACCAUCGCGCAUCACAUUGGACUGCUGCUGGUGGUGCAGACAUCGGUUGCCCUCUUUGCUGACUCGGAUAGCCAUAAGGAGGCGACGCUGGAGUUUUACAUGUGCAUGGUCUGGGGAGCAUUCGAUGUGGUCGUGGAAAUGCCCGUCUUCGUCUCCAUGAUCGUUUGGCGUAUCAAGCGUCAUAAUCACAAACUUCUCGCCAGAAUCGGUCUUGGAUGCUGCAUUUGGAUCAUUGUAGCAGCCACCACUGAGGUCGUCGUGACCAUCUACCUCUUGAACAGAUCCUGGCACCGAUGGGGGACUGUCUUCCGGGUCAUCACGCCCGUUGUUUUCGCCCUCUGGAUCGCGACGCAGCUCUAUGGCGCUUACAGACUUUACAACAUGGGGCGGGCACAGCUGCUAGAGCAUAGAAAAGAAUCCGGCGCCAUCGAGUCAGAGUCUAUCGAGUCAGGAAGCUCGGAAUCUGAAAGCACCAAAAACAAGGUUUUGGAAUAG